GGGGAAGAUAAUCGCGUGUGCUUAUCACUGUACGUCUUUUGCGACAAUCAUUUUUUAAGUUUACGUCAGCGUGCCUGAAAAUGUCGUCACAUCCAGGGUGUCGGAGGUUUUCUAAAAGAGGAGGAAAAUUUACACGUCAGCAGUUAGAAAUUGUUACAAACUAUUUACAAACAAAGGAAAAUCCUGAUAGACACUCGUUGUUAAAUGCCAAUUUUGGAUGGGACAGUAGUUCGGAUGGCCCGUUAGUGCGAUUGAAGACGGCAUGUAAACGUCUCUCAUUGAACAACGAGAAUAUGCUUAUACACAUUACCGGAAAAAAUGUCAUUCCUGUAGAAGAAUUCAUUUCAACAAUACAAAGAGCACAUAAAGGAGAGAAAGAGGAUGAACAUUUGCAUUUUUCGGAAACACUUAAAAGGCUAUCAGAAAACUACACUAUUGGUCGGAGAACUUAUGGCAUGAGCAAGAAACUUAUAGAAGCUGUUGUUAAAUCAUGCAACUCUGGACUAUGUUGGAAAAAAAAGAAAAAAAAGAGGAAAAGAGAAUAUGAAGAAACAGUAAAAAGAUUCACAAGAAAAUGUUUGGCAAUGGGAGAAACAACAGUUAGUGGUCAAAUCGAAAAUGAACAGGAUGUUACCAAACAAAUUCAAGGGGAAACAAAUGAAAACAGUCAAGCAUAUGAACCUUCCACUUCCAGUACAGAUAUUAAUGGCAAAGCUAAAAAGCCAAAAAAUAAAGUUAAACUGAAAAAGAAGAAAAAAAUACCAGUAAACAAAUUGCCCUCUUUGGUGCAGAUGACACAAAAAUCAACAACAGUCACAGCCUCCAAUGCAACAUCAAAUAAAUCAGAGAUUAUUUCAAUUGGUCCAUUUCCAGUGUCUGUACUUAAAAAUGGAACAAAUACUGGUCAGUACCAGUUAGGAUUGCUGCUUCCAGUUGUGAGUCAACAGGGAACCAUGUCACAGAACACAACAACAACUGGCCAGACAGGUAACACAAAAUCAUUGUGUAUACCAGUAGUGAAUGUUUCAUCAGCACCAGGAGUUAGUGGUACUACUGGGAAGGUUGCCUCUAAUGUUAAUGUAUCUGGGAACAUUACAAAGACUAUAAACUUAUCACAAAUGCAAUUUUCAACUCUUUUGCAAAGUAUGGCAAAAAAUAGUCAAACUGAUAUGAAUAAAGUUUCAAUUUCAUCAAAAUUGAAUGAUGAAACUACACAUCAACCAAACAUGGGGAUAAAUGUACCUUUAGAGAAAGGCCGUUCCUCCUUGAAACUAACAUUUAAACAGAAACUACAAGUUCAGUCAAAGGAAAUAUCUCACUCACCUUCAAAAGAUGAGCCACCCCAGAAAAAAACUAAAAUUGUAAAAAUAAGUACAGAAGGGAAAGUAAAUACAUGUACUGACAAAAAAACAGCAAAUGAGGAAAACAUGAACAAAAGUGAAAAUGAUGAUGUUAUUAUCGUAGAUGAUAAGAAAACAGAUGAAAACAAUAACCUUAAUGACAACAAUUCUCAAAGUCAAAGUAUAGAAUUAGAUGAAGACUGGUCUGAUGACAGUUUCCAAGCUUUGGAGUAUGUAAAGAAUAGUGGAAUGUACAAAAGUUGUCUAAAAGCUUUAUGUAGUUUGGGAACAGAAGACUUCGAAACUGUCAUGGAUCGAAUGGAUGCUAAUAUUUUUAGUGAGGGACAAAAUCCAUUUGUUCCAUCUUAUUAUCCAGUCACAGACCCUCCUUACUCACAUAUCUGGUACUUCUAUCGUGAGAUAUGUCAAGAGAAGAAUAUUUUCAGUAGAAUGAUAAUAGUUAUGAAGGACAUAAGAAUUGAUAUGAUGAGAAGUCUUAUGCAAGAGUUACUUGCCCAUGAUAGAUUAAAGAGAAAAAUAACAUAUAUGGAGUCCUUGAUAAAGAAGAACAAAGUCUACUUGGACAUGUGUGCUGCUAAAUCUUUCAAGAGGAAUAGAAAGAAGAGAAAGAAAUUGACAACAUGACAAGAUAUAGUCAAUGUUGCUUCAUGCUUGUGUAGUGAUAAGUUAUGCAAGAAGUCACAUGUUAGUCACUUUUGUUAAGACUUUAUUGUAUCUUUGACAAUUUAAACCUAAUAUUAAACUGGUGUCUCAUAUGGAAUAGUAGAUAUUUGAUUGUACUUCACAGAGCAGUAGAACCAAGAAGCCUACUUGACAGCCCUGUGGUAUCCAUGUGUAUUAAUGAACCAUUACGGACAUAUAUGUUUUUAAACUGGUCUAGAAAGAUUUAUCAUUACCAAUUCACUGAAGAAAAAAUGUGACGGACUAUUGUGCCUUCAACUAUUUGUUUGUCAAUUUGUCAGUUAAUCAUUUAUAAUAAAUUCAAAUAUAUUAUC